AUGCACCGGGUGCCAUGUGGAGACCCCGAGCAGCCGAUCUACAGCAGCGUGAGCCGGACGGAGAACCAAACUCAUUACUCCUGCCUCCCCGGUUUCACCUUGAAGGGGGAGAUGGUGCGGAACUGCCUGGCUGACGGGCAGUGGUCAUCCUCGCCUCCGACGUGUGUCGAGCAAGAGUGCGAGGCGCCGGUGCAGAUCGCGAAUGGGUUCUUGCUCGUCCCCGGCUUCAAAGGCAGAUACGUGUUCGGGCUUCGGGCCAUCUACGAGUGUAACCCUGGGUUUCUUCUCUGGGGAAAUGCCACGAUGACCUGCGGUCCUCUUGGGGUCUGGUCCGGAGGUGCAGUGUCCGGCUCCACCGUCAUUCGCGAAUGCUAG